UUCAAGAUGCCUUGUGGUAAAAAGCCUCUUGUGAAAAAAUGGGACAAGCAUAAAGACUUACGAGUUAUAAACCCGUCCCGAUAUGAACAAAAUGAGGCCUCCGUCAAAGUUCACUGGAAGAAAGUUAUCCGAAAUUUAGAACUUUCCUACAAGGAUGAUAAAUUCUGGGAGACCCAACGUGACACCGUUCAGGAGCUGGUCGGGCCUGCUAUCUUCGGCAGACUAGCACAGAUGUUCAACCUCCCUCCUGACGAUAAACACUACGAACCACCGCCGGACACUAGUUCUCUCCAGACGUCGCAACUAUUCUACGCAAUGGGAUCAUACGAACAACUUCCAAGAAAAGAGUCGAGGUAUUCGGUAAGUGACUAUGCACCUUCAGUGGAAGAAGAAUCUGUUGAGGAAGAAGAAUCUGACUGGGGCACCUCAUCAGAAGUAUUGGACAACCAACCUUCACGAUACAAAUCAAUGACAAAGUCUAAAUCCACUUCGUCAAGACCUUUUACGUCCAGAAUGAAUAUCUCAAGAUUGUCUACAAAUAAAUCUUUUAUAAGGAAAUCAUCUAUAAGAUGUUCAAAAAGGUUUCCAAAUAUACCAUUGUCGAUCGAUUCCCCAGCUUGUACCGAUGAUGAUUUAAUUGUUCAAGAUAGUAAGAAGUAUGGCAGAAACGUCGGGAAAUCACUACUUAGAAUGACUGCGAAAAACCCCCACUUUGAAAUGCUGUACUGCAACGAAUCAGAAACCGAUAUGAUCAAAUGGAAUUCCAAGUAUAAGCAGAAAGCUUUUGAAGUAUCGGCUUCUGAUGAAUUCAGCAAAAAAGCUGAGAUAUUGACUAAACAGAUUUCAAAAGAUUUUUAUGAUUGGUGGAUAAGUUUAGGCAAUGUAGAGUUUAAAAGCGAAAUCAAGCGCCCUGAAGAUAUCGAAGACUUAUUCCAAGUCUUGUUCGAUGAACACGCCUCAAGAGCACUUGUACUAGACCCAAAAAUACUACCUUGUGUAUUGCCGAGUAUUGCGAAAUUUGUUGGCGUACCUAAGGCCGCAUGUUCGAGUGUGCUUAAGCGGCAAAUCGCGUACGAUAUUCACGCGGAAACUAGCCCCGCACAUAAAGAAGCCUUCGGCACAUGUCUUCCGCAGAGGAUGAAGCAUAUUCCUCCUAAUAACGAUACCAAAAAGAUGUGGCAUUCUCUUGUAAUACCUGAAGAUCUGAAGACUAUGUCUGCCGUCUGGGACGAAAUUUCCCAUCUGACGUCCACAAAAUCUUUCCACGCGUGGCUUCAGAAGCGUCCACAUCUUCCAAUGGCUAAGUACUUGAAGUCGUUGGAGACUCCAGGAGACAAAAAGCAAGCGUUCGUUGUACCAUCGGAUUAUGUACUCGCUAAAGAAGGAAGUAGUAUUACUUCUACUCAGGACUUAGCUCUGCCAGUUUCAGAAUUUACUCUUGAACUGAAAGAAGUACUGCAGGAAAUUAUGAACGAUUAAUACCAAUCGUUCGUUCGCCAUAUUGCA